UCUGUCAGUUUGUUUUGAUUUUCCAAGUGCAGCGUGUUUUUGGAUUUUCUCUGAAUUUUUGGUAAAAUUCUAAUUAAUAAUUUGAUUUAAAGUGAAAAUUGUAAAAAUGGAAGAUAGUGGUGCAAUGGAGAAGAAGAAGGAGCAUAGGAAGAGGAAAUCCGGUGUAAAGGCGGAAAAGAAGAAAAAUAAGGGAAAACCCAAAGGAGAUGAGAUGGCAGAGCGUCAGAAGAAUCCUAAAGCCUUUGCCAUUAAUUCUGCACAGCGGGCUGAAAGGAAGUUUCGCAGAAAGGAGGAUUUGACAGCGAAGAAGCAACACAUUCCCCUUGUUGAUCAGACUCCGGAAGAGCCUCCGCCGUUUUUAAUUGCUGUGGUUGGACCCCCAAAGGUGGGUAAGUCCACAUUAAUUCGGAAUCUUAUUAAGAGCUUCACAAAGACCAAUGUGACAGAGAUUAAGGGUCCCAUUACCAUUGUAACGUCUAAGAAAAGGCGGAUAACGUUGAUUGAGUGCAACAAUGAUGUUAAUUGCAUGAUUGAUAUUGCCAAAUGUGCAGAUCUUGUAUUAUUGAUGUGCGAUGCCAGUUUUGGUUUUGAGAUGGAAGUCUUUGAAUUUCUCAAUAUUUGCCAAGUGCACGGAAUGCCCAAGAUUAUGGGGGUUUUGACGCACUUGGACGUUAUUCGGAAUGCCAAGACUCUGAAGAAGCGAAAGAAGGAAUUGAAACACAGAUUCUGGACGGAAGUGUACAAUGGGGCUAAGUUAUUUUAUUUGUCAGGGUUACUCCAUGGGGAAUACUUGAGGAAUGAGAUUAAGAAUUUAGGCAGAUUUAUUUCUGUGAUGAAAUUGAGACCGCUUUCCUGGCGGGGAGCUCAUAGUUAUAUCCUGGCUGAUCGAAUGGAGGAUAUCACGAGUACUGAAGAGAUCAGAUUGAAUCCAAAGUGUGAUCGUCAUGUGGUGCUUUAUGGAUAUGUUAGGGGAGUACCGUUGAAUAAGGAAUUUAUGGUGCAUAUUGCGGGAUUUGGUGAUAUUCGGAUUGAGGAAUUGAGUGCUCUAGCAGAUCCCUGUCCACUUCCGUCUGGAGAGAAAAAACGGAGUCUCUUGGAGAAGGAGAGACUCCUGUAUGCUCCAAUGUCAGGAGUUGGAGGUUUGGUUUAUGACAAAGAUGCUGUGUAUAUUGAUCUUCAAGGAUCACACAGUCAUCAGGAGACUGAAGAAAAUACAGAACAGAGAGACAUUGUCAAUGCGUUUAUUGAGAAAAAGGAGACAUUGGAUAGGCAAAUUGAGAAUCAAGAAUUCAAAUUAUUCUCCGACGGAGAAGCUAUUAAAUCCCAGGAUUUCAGGGAUGAUCGAAAUGAGGAUUCUGAUCGUGCUUCGAGUGAGUCAGAAGAAGAAAGUGAAGAUGAUGAUUCUGGGAUGGAAGAUGAAGAGGAUGAUGGGGAAAAAGCUUUAGGUUGGACCGGGGAAGAUCAGGAUAGUGAAAAUGAUGGUGGGGAAAAUGAAGAAUCAUCAGAUGAGGAUUAUGAGGACAAUGUGACCGAAGAAGGUCCAUCUUGGAGAGAGGGAUUGGCACAAAAAGCUCGAGAUGCUUAUCUAAAUCGUCAAGCCAAUUCCCAGAAUAUCAUGAAGCUAGUGUACGGAAUAUUCAGUCAGUCUCAGAAAAAAGGAGCAGAGUCAAAGGACAAUGAGGAACAAAGCGAUGAUGAUGAUGAUGGAGAUGAUCUCUUCAAAGUGGUCAAAGAGAAACAGUCAAAUGCCCAGCGUCAGAAAGAAAUUCAGGAUCGCGAUGAAUGCUGUUUCUUCGAACAAUCCAUGGCCGGACUGAGGGAUUGGACUUUGGAGGAGAAUAGAGCCAUCAUCAAAAAUUGCUUUGUAACUGGAAAGUGGAAGGCUACUGAAGAUGCAGAGGAACUUCUCAAAUUGGACGAUAUGAGUGACGAUGGCAGUGAAGUUUAUGGGGAUUUUGAGGAUUUGGAAACUGGAGAGAAGCAUGAAGAGGUCAAAGAAGCCGAAGAUCCUGAAGUUGCAGAGAAGGAAGAUGCACAGGAAAUCCCUGGAGAGAAGAGAAAAUUUAGCAGAAUUGAAGAGGAAAAUAUGAGUCGGAGGGAAUUAAUGGCAAAAAAACUCAAGCUCAAGGAGAAAUUUGAUGCGGAAUAUGAUAAUCCCGACAAAGAUCAUAAGAUUGUAGGUGAUCACAGUUACUACGACAACUGGAAGGCUGAAACUCAGCGUCAGGCUCAAUUGAAUAAAUCCGAAUUUGCUACUCUAGAUGACGAUUUGCGUGUUCAAAUUGAAGGUUUCCGUGCUGGAAUGUACGUACGAAUGACUUUCCGGGGUGUUUCCUGUGAAUUUGUCCAGCACUUCGAUCCCACUUAUCCUGUUCUCAUUGGUAGUCUCAAUAUGAUUGAGCAGAAUGUGGGCUAUGUGACGUGCAAAGUGAAAAAGCAUCGAUGGUACAAAAAGGUCCUAAAGACUGAAGAUCCUCUGAUUCUCUCCCUGGGUUGGCGUAGAUUCCAAACCCGACCCAUCUAUGCCAAGAUCGAAGAUAAUCUAAAGCAUAGAUUUCUUAAGUAUACCCCAAAUCAUGUGACAUGCAGCAUGACUUUCUGGGGACCUAUUACGCCCCAAAAUACUGGAUUCCUGGCAGUUCAGACAGUUACACAGGAUACAGAGGAGCUCAAGAGAUUGGGAUUCAGAAUUUCAGCUACGGGCUGUGUCACGGAAAUUGACAAGUCCACGCAGAUUAUGAAAAAACUGAAGCUAGUGGGGUAUCCGUAUGAGAUAAAGAAGAACACUGCCUUCAUCAAGGACAUGUUCAAUGGCAUUUUGGAAGCGGCUAAAUUCCAGGGAGCUAAAAUCAAAACUGUUUCGGGUAUUAGGGGAGAGAUCAAGAAACCCCUCAGGAGCCCCGAGGGAGCAGUGAGGUGCACCUUCGAGAAUAAAAUUUUGAAGAGCGAUAUUGUCUUCUGUCGAACAUGGUUUAAGGUAGAAGUUCCCAAAUUCUAUGCUCCUGUUACAUCCCUGAUGAUGCCUCUCGGACAAAAAUCACAGUGGAAGGGAAUGAAGACACUGGGAGAGUUGAAGAGGGAAAGGAAUAUUCAAGCAAUACCUAAUCCUGACAAUCUAUACACGCCCGUGGUGCGCAAGGAUAAAAUGUACAAGCCUCUGGUUAUACCCAAGUCUCUUCAGCAAGCCCUACCGUACAAGUACAAACCGAAGCAUCUCCAGAAAGCUGAAGCUGUGGAACGUGUAGCUGUGAUAAGAACGCCACAGGAACAGAAAAUUUCACAGUUGAUGAAGAUGAUCAAGGCGAGUUACAAUCAGAAGCAGAAGAAGGAGAAGGAAGCUACAGCUCAGCGUUUGGCCAAGUUCAAGAAGGAGAAAAAGGCUGAAGAAAUGAGAAAACUUCAGAAACAGCGGGAAGUGAGGCGAAAAUUGUGUCGGAGCAUGAGUAAGGCACAAAAAUCAAGCGAAAAUAAAAGGAAAUAAAUUUUUAAAAUUGUAGAA